AGUUUAAAACUUCUUUUUUCUGUUGGAGUCAUUUGCUAUUGUGAACAAAGCUGUUAAUAACUGUAUGCAACAGAACUUACUACUUGGAGCAUUCUCUAGUAGAAAGAACAAAAUCUUUUGAAUGUCCACUGCUCUAAUACAAGUAUUCAUAUUUCCAAUGGCAAGGAUAACCUGGAGCAGGUUUCCCACCAGUUUUUGAGAUGAUUUCCUUUCUACUUCCCUUCAUAUCAAAAUGAUAUAAGACUAUACACCAGGGAGUGAGACCCAAGAAAUAAACUGUUAUAUUAGUAGUUGCUUGUCACAAUUAGUUGCCUCACCCUGAGUCAUGGGGUUUUUAGAUCUAGAAUAGCCCAUGAGCUGCUCAUUUGGGACUCUCUUACAAAGCACACCAGGGAGAAGGCCUAAUAAGAAGUACAAUGUUUUUUGAAAGGGAAUAAUGCUGCUUAAGAGUACAUAAUAUCUGAACAAACAGGCAAUGAACAGCAUAUAAUUCUGCACAUUGUGCAGCAGCAUUAAAUAUACAUAUUAGUAAGGUAGCAGAUGCUGCAGUUCUGAAAUUGCCUUGUAAAGUAGCAGUCUUUCGCAGCAGGGUGCUGCUCUAUGUGAGACUCCUUCACACGUAAUGAAUAGCUAAUUUCGGCUCUAUAGUCCGUGAGAGACUGGAGGGGAUCGGGGAGGGGGGGAGUAUUCCAGCAACCACAGCCAGCAGGAUGUGCUGCAAUGUGCUUUUAAUGGAGCAACAUUUCAGAGCUCUUGGGGGUAGAUCCAUAAAGAGGGAUGCUCAUCUGUUACUUCGUAGCCAAACCGAGGAUGUAUUGCUGCAAACAGGCGGGCUGGCCUGCGAAGUGCCUGCUGCCGGGAGGAAAAGGUGGUAGGUUUCGGUGCCUCUUCUGAGGCAUUGGAUGUCUUGUCUCUGUGUGUUUUUUCAUGCAACCAAAAGAUGAAAUAAACAGAAGCAAACACGUCCCCGAGACGUCCCCGAGAAUUGGUACUGAAAAGGUGAGCGGUGUUUUCCCUCAUCCCUCUUGCAGAGCAUGGGAGGACGCUUGUUGAUCCAACUGACGUAUGUCACGGGUUGGAAGAUUCAGCCAGCAACUGAAUCCAAUGCCCCCUUGGCAUUGUCCUGCAAGAGGUUUCCACUUGAGUGGCACAGUGACAGAGCCUGCAAUGCAAUCGGAGCCAGAAACUGUUUGCAAUGUAGCUAUCAGCUUUGAUCGUUGCAAGAUUACCUCAGUGACCUGCAGCUGUGGAAACAAGGACAUCUUUUACUGUGCCCACGUUGUGGCACUCUCUUUAUACCGGAUCCGCAAGCCAGAUCAGGUCAAACUGCAUCUUCCCAUUUCAGAGACACUCUUUCAAAUGAACAGAGACCAACUACAAAAAUUUGUACAGUAUUUGAUCACAGUGCACCAUACAGAAGUUUUGCCAACUGCUCAAAAAUUAGCAGAUGAAAUUCUUUCUCAGAAUUCAGAAAUCAAUCAAGUCCAUGGUGCUCCUGACCCAACAGCAGGUGCUAGCAUAGAUGAUGAAAACUGCUGGCAUUUGGAUGAGGAACAGGUCCAAGAACAAGUUAAAAUCUUCCUCUCCCAGGGUGGAUACCAUGGAUCGGGGAAGCAGCUCAAUUUGCUUUUUGCAAAGGUGCGAGAGAUGCUAAAGAUGAGAGAUUCAAAUGGAGCUCGCAUGUUGACGUUGAUAACAGAACAGUUCAUGGCUGACCCUCGUCUGGCACUUUGGAGACAACAAGGAACUGCAAUGACUGACAAGUAUAGGCAGCUCUGGGAUGAACUGGGUGCUCUGUGGAUGUGUAUAGUCUUAAAUCCCCACUGCAAGUUGGAGCAGAAGGCCAGUUGGCUAAAACAGCUGAAAAAAUGGAACAGUGUCGAUGUUUGUCCCUGGGAAGAUGGAAACCAUGGAAACGAGCUGCCCAAUUUAACCAAUGCUUUGCCUCAGGGUGCAAAUGCUAACCAAGAUUCAUCGAACAGGCCCCAUCGGACGGUGUUCACUCGAGCCAUUGAGGCGUGCGAUCUUCACUGGCAGGACAGCCACUUACAGCACAUUAUCAGCAGUGACCUAUACACCAACUACUGUUACCAUGACGACACUGAAAACUCGCUCUUUGACUCUCACGGGUGGCCCCUCUGGCAUGAACAUGUUCCUACAGCCUGCGCGAGGGUGGAUGCAUUGCGAUCUCAUGGAUACCCAAGAGAAGCACUGAGGCUAGCGAUAGCUAUUGUUAACACACUAAGAAGGCAGCAGCAGAAACAGCUGGAAAUGUUCCGGGCUCAGAAGAAAGAACUCCUCCACAAAGGAGUAACCUCGAUAACAAAUCUUGAAGGUUGGGUGGGACACCCUUUGGAUCCAGUCGGCACGCUCUUCAGUAGCUUGAUGGAAGCCUGCAGGGUGGACGAUGAAAGCUUCCACGGAUUCUCAGACUUCAUGGAGAACAUGGGGCAGUGCAAAUCUCUGGAGUACCAGCACCUGCCUGCACACAAGUUCUUAGAAGAAGGGGAAUCUUAUUUAACGCUGGCCGUGGAAGUAGCAUUGAUAGGGCUGGGACAGCAACGAAUAAUGCCAGAUGGCUUGUAUGCACAAGAGAAGGUUUGUCGAAAUGAGGAGCAGCUCAUUUCUAAGCUACAGGAAAUUGAAUUGGACGAUACUCUGGUGAAGAUUUUUCGAAAACAAGCAGUCUUCCUAUUAGAAGCUGGACCAUAUAGUGGUUUAGGUGAAGUCAUCCAUCGAGAGAGUGUUCCAAUGCACACAUUUGCCAAGUAUCUUUUCACCUCUCUCCUACCUCAUGAUGCUGAAUUGGCAUACAAAACUGCACUGAGAGCCAUGCGGUUGCUAGUAUUGGAAUCUACGGCUCCUUCAGGAGACAUGUCCCGCCCACACCACAUUGCGUCAGUUGUUCCAAACCGGUAUCCCCGCUGGUUCACCCUAAGUCACAUUGAAUCCCAGCAGUGUGAGCUGGCAUCGACCAUGCUAACAGCAGCCAAAGGUGAUGUUCGGAGGCUGGAAACAGUGUUAGAAUCCAUACAGAAAAAUAUUCACUCUUCAUCACACAUCUUCAAACUCGCCCAGGAUGCAUUUAAAAUAGCAACACUCAUGGACAGCUUGCCAGACAUCACUCUUCUGAAAGUUUCACUGGAGUUGGGCCUUCAGGUGAUGCGGAUGACACUGUCAACACUGAAUUGGCGACGGCGGGAAAUGGUGAGGUGGUUGGUAACAUGUGCAACAGAAGUAGGUGUUUAUGCACUGGAUAGCAUCAUGCAAAACUGGUUUACACUUUUCACUCCAACUGAAGCCACUAGUAUUGUUGCUACAACAGUGAUGUCCAACAGCACCAUUGUCCGUCUGCAUUUGGACUGCCAUCAGCAGGAGAAGCUGGCCGGCAGUGCUAGGACGCUUGCCCUACAGUGUGCCAUGAAGGAUCCUCAAAACUGUGCCCUCUCUGCACUGACAUUAUGUGAAAAGGAUCACAUAGCUUUUGAGACCGCUUACCAAAUUGUUCUAGAUGCUGCUACAACCGGCAUGAGCUACUCGCAGCUUUUUACUAUAGCACGAUACAUGGAGCACCGUGGUUACCCCAUGCGGGCCUACAAGCUGGCCACUUUGGCCAUGACGCAUCUCAACCUGAGUUACAAUCAGGACACACACCCUGCCAUUAAUGACGUUCUGUGGGCAUGUGCGCUCAGCCACUCCCUUGGGAAAAAUGAGCUAGCAGCUAUAAUACCUCUGGUGGUCAAAAGUGUCAAAUGUGCAACAGUACUGUCAGACAUUUUGCGUAGGUGUACUUUGACCACUCCUGGCAUGGUGGGACUUCAUGGAAGGAGGAACUCUGGUAAGCUCAUGUCACUGGACAAAGCCCCUUUAAGGCAACUCUUGGAUGCUACAAUCGGAGCCUACAUUAAUACGACUCAUUCACGUCUCACUCACAUCAGCCCUCGACACUAUAGUGAGUUUAUAGAGUUCCUCAGCAAGGCCCGAGAGACCUUCUUAAUGGCUCAUGAUGGACACAUCCAGUUUACACAGUUUAUUGACAACCUAAAACAAAUCUACAAAGGCAAAAAGAAACUGAUGAUGUUGGUUCGUGAGCGGUUUGGUUGACGAAAAUGUGUGAAUGGGGGGGGAGGGAGGGGGAGGGAAGGGGUGGUUUGUUUUUACUUGAGCCUGCCUUUGUAUCCUUUUUAACUUAAAGAAACAGAGCCACACCGGUAUUAUAUGUGUAUAGUUAUAUUGAGUUUGCAAACUAAACUGUCAUGUUGUGAAAGUUUGUGUGUUUAUUUUUUUUCCCUUUUUUUUCUGUUUUGUAUGAGAGAGAGGUUAAAAAAGGUUUGGUUUACACUGAGUAUAUGUUGUCAAGUGGCAAAAGCCCACAUCACUCUCCUGUUCUUUCUGUAUACGUUCACAGCCUCAAAAACAAACAUAUAUUGCAAUGGCUUUAAAAACCAAACAAAACACCUCCAUCCUGUGAUAAGUACCUCGAAUGGAUUCAGCUUUACUCCUUUGUAACUCAUCCUUACAUUUCAGCGUAUUUAAACAAACCAACAAAUGAAAUACUAAUAGUUAAAAGGCUGACCACGUGGCUUUGCAGUGCUGUUCAUCCAGAAGCAUGGCACACAAUGCUUGUGCAUGUGGAAACUUAGCGACUGUCAACAUACAUUCUCAGGGAUUUAUCAAAAAAAUUAAAAAAAAGAAUGAGAGCAUUUAUUGUACUGUAUAUAUAUUAUAGUAUAUGUCUGAAUAUUGAAAAAUAUAACAUUAACUAAUUUAUAAAAAAAAAUCUAUGUAAUGCAAAAUACUUGAAGCUGCAGUAGCUUGGUUUUAAACAAAAAAGAAAACCUAUCAGAAGGACUAAAGUGCGCCUUGCUUCAGGGUUGGCUCAGGUGGUGAACUAUAUGCUGGGCAUCUAUGCAGAGCCACCUUUUGGAUUGCAUGGUUGGACUGAUACCUAUUGGGGAAAAUUUUAUAUAUAUAUAUUUAUACAACCCGUGUAUACAUAUAUAUGUAUACACACAUACACACAUGCUUGUAACAGGCACUAUAGUAAAGACGGACAACAAAAAAUACACAGCCAGAGCAGCAAGCCUUAGCAUUAAGAAUACAGUAUGCCAGAAUUGGGGUUUGUGCCUCCUAGCCUAGAAAACUUAAAGAAAUAUCCUUUUUGACACAAAACGCAAAAUGUUUUCCAAAAUGAUUGACGUGAUACAUUACGCCUUUGCAGUGAGCUAAUAAUAAGCUAACCUUUGUGCACAAAUAACAUAUAUAUAUAUUAUAUAUAUAUAUUCUGCAUAGGUAUUUUGACUUUGUGCAGGACAGAAAGUUGUGUAGGUAUGACUGUUCUACUUUUCAGUUUGUUUUUUUAAUAUAUUUUAUUUUCUCUAGAAUUACUCAAACAAAAGCAGCCUUCUAUCUUGCCUUGUCUUAAUGCUUUAAAAUAACCAAACUGGAGAUCUAACUACCAAACUGUUCAUUAUAUUAUUAAAUACCAACUUUGGUUACAGUAUAGUGUCUUUACUUUAGCUGAUGGUUCUGUAUCCUUGUGCUUUUUAAAGCAGUUUUUAUGUUUUGGUGCAAAAGUUGUCCAGUGUCUCUUGUUCCCUUCAUUAGAGAACAUGCUAGAGGUAUGUUUGUAGGUAUUUUUGUUUAGAAAAACUAUUUCAUGCUCUCCAUUUUAUUUAUUAUAAUAGGUAAAAAGGUUGUACUUCAUCACCCAUGUAAACAUGCUCAUGAAGUUGAAAGUAAUUAAGAUUUGAUACACUGAUAUCAAUUUAUUUAUGUAACUAAAUCACUGUUUUAUAAACUUGUUAAUGAUCAACAAUUUUU